AUGCACUUACAUAUCCGUCAAAAUGCACGUAAUUUUUCCCUUUUGGGCCAACGUACACGUCCCGCGCAUCAUAAUCUCUUCCCUUCGUUUUCUUCAUCCAAUAUCAUGUCUUUCGAACGAGGCGAUGUAUUCGGUGCCCAGGUCCUUCCAGGAGAAGAACCCCAAGACAACUCGUUUAAUGAAAUCACAAAGGCGUUCAGGUCUUUUAUUCUUGAAUUUCGUCUCAAUUCCCAGUUCAUUUACCGAGACCAACUCCGAGAAAACUUGUUGAUCAAAAACUACUUUUUGCGCGUAAACACAGACCAUCUAAUUGGAUUCAACGAUGAACUCAACAAGAAGUUGGCUGAUGAACCUACAGAGAUGAUUCCUCUCUUCGAGGCAGCCAUUACAGAAAUUGCAAAAAGAAUCGCUUAUUUAAGUAACGAAGAAGUUCCCACAAACUUCCCCAUAUGCCAGCUCAUUUUAUACUCCAACGCAGGCAAUGUGUCCAUCCGUCACUUGGACUCGGACCAUAUCUCCAGGAUUGUCAGAGUUAGUGGAAUAAUAAUCUCAUCGUCAGUCUUGUCUUCCAGAGCAACCCAAGUCCAACUCUUAUGCCGCAAUUGCAAACAUACGAUGAGAAUCAAAGUUGCCAGUGGGUUUGGCCAAAUAAGCAUGCCCAACAGGUGCCAAGGUGCUCACAAUUUCGACGAAUCUACAACUCAGACAAAGUGUCCUCCUGAACCCUACACCAUUGUCCAUGAUAAAUCGACAUUUGUGGACCAGCAAGUACUCAAACUCCAAGAAUCUCCCGAUAUGGUCCCCGUGGGUGAAAUGCCACGGCACAUUAUUCUUCAAGCAGACAGAUAUAUGACCAACCAGGUGGUUCCAGGUACAAGAGUAUCAAUUGUUGGAAUCUACAGUAUAUACCAGUCCAGGCAGAAAGCCAAUGCUAAUGUUUCAACGGUGGCUAUCAGAAACCCUUACCUUCGUGUACUCAGUUUCCAAACAGAUGUCGAGGGUGGUCCCGGAGACCAGGGUUUGACUUUCACCGAAGAGGAAGAAGAGGAAUUUCUUAGGUUGUCUAGGACGCCAAACAUUUAUGAUAUCUUUGCAAAGUCUAUCGCUCCUUCGAUUUACGGGAACGAUGAUAUCAAGAAGGCUAUAACAUGUCUUUUGAUGGGUGGGUCCAAGAAAGUCUUACCCGACGGUAUGAGAUUGCGUGGUGAUAUCAAUGUACUUCUUCUUGGUGAUCCAGGUACCGCCAAGUCUCAACUUUUGAAAUUUGUGGAGAAAAUCUCCCCUAUAGCGGUCUACACUUCGGGUAAAGGCUCUUCUGCUGCUGGUUUAACCGCCUCGGUUCAACGUGAUCCUCAGACCAGAGAUUUCUACUUGGAAGGUGGUGCCAUGGUCCUUGCAGAUGGAGGUGUUGUCUGUAUUGAUGAGUUUGAUAAAAUGAGAGAUGAAGAUAGAGUUGCCAUUCAUGAAGCUAUGGAACAACAGACUAUUUCCAUUGCCAAAGCUGGUAUCACUACCGUUUUGAACUCGAGAACUUCAGUAUUGGCUGCAGCUAAUCCCAUUUUCGGUCGUUACGAUGAUCUCAAGAGUCCCGGUGAGAACAUUGAUUUUCAAACCACAAUUUUGUCUCGUUUCGAUAUGAUUUUCAUUGUAAAGGACGACCAUAACGAGGCUAGAGACUUGUCUAUUGCCAGACAUGUGAUGAACGUACACACUGGCAACAGUAAUAAUCAGGAUUCCUUACAAGAAGGUGAAAUAUCAGUGGACAAGAUGAAGAGAUAUAUCCAAUACUGCAAAUUGCGGUGUGCUCCUCGAUUGAGCGCCGAUGCAUCCGAGAGAUUAUCUUCCCAUUUUGUUGCUAUAAGGCGACGCUUACAACUUAAUGAAGCCGAUAUGAAUGAGAGGUCGUCGAUUCCCAUCACAGUGAGACAACUCGAAGCCAUUAUUCGUAUAACGGAAUCGCUCGCCAAGUUGCAAUUGUCUCCUGUUGCAACAGAGGAUCAUGUUGAAGAGGCAAUUCGUUUGUUUACUGCCUCUACUAUGGACGCUGUGGAUCAAGGUGUCUCCAGUGGAGGAUUGGUUACUUCGGGAGAAAUGAGCAAAGAGAUCAAAAGAGUGGAAAAUGAGCUCCGUAGGCGCUUGCCUAUUGGGUGGUCGACGGCCUACCGUACUUUACGCAGAGAAAUUGUUGAUUCGGGUAAGGCCAGUAUAGCUGCUCUUGACAAGGCAUUGUACAUACUUGAGCGACAUGAAGUGAUCAAGUUUCGUCACCAAAGGCAAAAUGUGUUGAGAGUGGGAGUAUAG